AUGGAGGGCAGCUCGAAAUCUAGUAUUCCCGAUGGCCACUCGGUGGUGAGCAGGCUCCAGAGCGAGCUAAUGCAACUGAUGUUGUCACCUUCGCCGGGCCUCAGUGCUUUCCCUGAGGACGAAGAAGACCUUACCAAGUGGUGUGGCAUCAUCACAGGCCCUGACGGGACGCCAUAUGAGGGGAUGCGGUUCAAGAUCGCGCUGGAGUUCGCUCAGACCUAUCCUUACACAGCUCCAAAGGUGCGGUUCGUGAGCCCAAUGUGGCACCCUAACGUCGAUAUGAGCGGCAACAUUUGUUUGGAUAUUUUGAAGGACCAGUGGUCAGCGGUCUACAACGUACAAACUAUCCUGCUCUCACUGCAGUCGCUGCUGGAAGAGCCCAACAACAGUUCACCGCUGAAUGCGGUAGCUGCGGAACUGUGGGACAAGGACAUGAGAGAGUACAAGAAGAAGCUCAUUGCACGGUACGAAGAGAUCGAUGACUAA